CCUCACUUCCUCGCAUUCCUGCAUACUGUGUCCUUGUCUGGACAUUUCGCUCCCACCAGUGCAUAAAUUGGCAUCAUCACCCCACGGGGUCACUCUGCGGGUGCCGACCGUCAUGCUGGACAUGCACUGAAUCCCGAUUCCCGCAUUAGUCACAAGGACUUAUUUCUUGAUUCCUUUCCCCUCGUCGGAGUCAUUAGAGAUUAUCCUUCGUAUCACCCAACCUCUGACUGUUUCUCUAAAUAUUUCCUGAGUCGCCAUGUCCAUGUUCAACAUACUGUGCGGUUGCGUGACCCGCAGUUCCCCACUGUCAUCUCAACCGCCGGCUCAGCCUCGUCAUCAACCCCAAAACGGAGACAAUGGCACCGCCACAUAUAAUCCCGACAGCAAUGGUCCCCCAGGGAUGUACGAGGAUGAUGGCUACAGCCCCGUCGUCCCAUUACCAAGAUAUACCCCACGACCCGUGAGCAUUCAGGAGAAAACGCUAGAAGCACACAUGCGGGAUCCACCAGUGUCAUCGUCUGAGAACGCCAGCAACUCCACAUAUUUCCAAGAUGAAAAGGACCGUCUCGCCUUUGAGAUGGCCCCUAACCGGAACCACAAUCCCGAAGACCUGACCUCGGAGGUCUCUUCCGCUAUCUCUUUCCCCAGUAGCUACGGGAAUACCUCGACGGCAACGAGGGACACUCCGCCGCCGCCGUAUUCAUCUCGCGGGGUCUCUCCUGCGCCGUCGAGGUCUAUGUCAGUGUCUUCAUCGGGGUAUCCGCUGCCGCCACAGCAGGUAGCUAUGAUGCAGAUUGCGCAGCCCCGGCCUGUAUUCCAAAGGCCGCACGGUUUAGUCCGGAAUGUGUUGUCGCGAAGAAGUUUCGAUGAAGAGCAUGAGUCUGGGAGACCACGGAGGUUCUCGUGGGAGAACCAAUAGUUGUUCCAAAUUGUUUUGCAAUAUCGAGGCUUAAUUGGUCUGUUGACCGAUCGGGACAUCGCUUGGGGGGCUUUGUCUUGUCUCUUUACCCCUUCCUACCCCAUUCACCCUGCCUCUUCCUCCACGAUCUUUCUUCCUCUUUUCCUUUCUUUACCGAUACUACAUCUUGGCCACUGGAGCACCACAUAUUUAUACGAGUAAUGAUGGACUUUGAGAGGACUUACUAUCUAUGCAUGGAUAUGGGUAAUCGGCGUUAAGGGCACUCUUGUUCGGCUUGAUCUGCGUCA